GCUCUUAUGGCGGGCUAGUCCUUCUAGCCCGCCAUACCGCUCUCUGCCGAGAGCAGAGCAGGCGCUCACCUGUCUGUUCCACUCGUUCCAGUCAAUGAGAAAUAUGUCGUUCGUGAAUGAUUCGUCCCACGAGGCACUCGAAUGAACCGAAGGGUGAAAACAUCCGCUCACUAAUUCACCAAGCGAAUAUCGCUUCUCCAGCGUACGCGUGUCCGCCUUGCGGCGGCCAACGGAAUUAGCGAGAAGAGUAUGAUUCAAACGCGGAGGGGCGGAGGGCUGUAUGCAAGUGUAGGCAAGCGGAGCGUCCGACUUUCCGCUGCUGCUGAUUAUGGAGUUUCCCCCUAAGAAUCCAACGCCCGUUAGUAACAGGUAUUGUUCAGUGCCUCAGUGCAACAGCAAGGCAUCAAAGGACAGAGAGGUGGCAUUUCACAACUUCCCUGGGCCUGCAGAAACGUGCAUUCGGAACGGUCAGACUGUAAACCGGCGGAACGAAUGGGUUCGCGUUUUACGGAUCGGGAAGAAGGUCUCCAAAGCUAUGCUCGUCUGUUCAAAACAUUUCAGGAAGGAGGACUACUUCUUUCCAGAUCUCCACAGCCAGAAGCGACGCUUGAAGAAGGCGGUAGUGCCUUCUGAGAAUCUGCCAGUUCUCUCAACUCAUGAUGCCAAGAAGGAACAGUUGAAGACAGAACGGAAGGAACAGCGUGAGCAGAGACUCCUCCAAAGGCAAAAGAGGCAUGAAUCCUGUCAGCCCAUGGAAAUAAUGGAUCACACUUCUCCUGAAUGCACAGAGAGUUGCGAAGAAAUGUUUGUCUGCAGUGCCAGCAGCACAAGUACAAGUGCAGAGCAGGAAGAGGAUACACAGGAGUUGCUCAAGAACCUACCUUCUAGCAGCAUGACGAGCAAUGUGGGCACACAAGUCACUUCGGGUGAUUUCGAAAGUUUUAAAUUUACAGCUGUCCUCACCGAAAGAAACGUGCGGUCUAUGAUAGGAAUUGGCAGCCUCCAACUACUUGAAUUCCUUUGCAAUGAAAUCGAGCAUCACAUGCCGACUUCAUCGAAGAGUGCACUCAGCACAAAGGACAGGGUGGUCCUCACAAUGCUUGUCAUGAAGCACACUUUAUCAUUUGACUUUUUGUCACACAUGUUUGGCUGUUCACCUACAACAUGUAGCUCAGUCAUUAGGGCCACACUGAAGGCCCUCAGCACAGUUUUGAGAUGUACCAUUUAUUGGCCAACUAGAACAGAAGUUCAGAACAACAUGCCGAUUUGUUUUCAACAGUUCUCUCAGGUGAGAGUCGUGCUUGACUGCACAGAGAUAUCAGUAGCAGUACCAAAGUGCCUUCAAUGUGCAGUAAGGACGUACUCUCACUACAAGGGUGGGAACACGAUUAAGUAUAUGGUAGGCAUCUCUCCAGGAGGGCUGAUCACAUAUAUAAGUAAGGGGUAUGGAGGACGCUCAUCGGACAAAGUCAUUUUUGAUCAAAGCAACAUAGUGGACCUUCUCACUCCAGGGCGUGACCAGGUCAUGGUUGAUAAGGGCUUCCUCAUUGACUCUACAUGUACAAAGAACUUCAUAACUGUUGUCAGACCUCCCUUUCUUCGACAGAAGAAGCAAUUCACAAAACAGGAAGCACUGUUGACAAAAAGUAUAGCGUCAGCUAGAGUCCACGUUGAAAGGGCCAUUCAAAGAAUGAAAAUUUUUAAGAUACUAAGUCAUAGACUUCCGUGGCAUAUGGUUCCGCUUGCUGAUGAUAUAGUUACUAUUGCAGCAGCUCUAACGAACUUGUCACCACCUAUCCUGGCAGAUGAGCGUUUCCUCUGAGAGUUGUGUCGUUUUCUUUCUCUCCAAAUGUGUCUACUUUAUGUGAACAAAACAAUACUGUGAUUACCGUUCUGUUUAUAGCUGGAAAAAAUUCUUCGUAUCACAGUGUGUGUAAUUCUUUGUUAUACCAUUUAUUUGCUGUCAGUAAAGCUUUUCAAAUGAUCUA